AGAUUCUUUUUUUCGGUUGCCCAGGCAACUAUUUAUAAAGCCGUAGCCUAAUCCCUGAGUUCAUCAAAGACAGUCUUUUUGGCAGCGCAGAAUGAAUGUAGAGUUUUCUGUGAAGGAGGUCAACCUCGUCAACCUGUUUGAUGAGAAAGGAGCUGCUGGAGACAAGCAAAAACACCCGUUUUAUGUAUCUAAUAGGUUCGGGUCGUCAAAGAAAGUUAGAAUUGCACUAAGCAAGACUAGCCACCCAGAUUUCCACCUCCUGAGUAGAACGGAUGAGUGCUGCCUUGCUGCUGGGCUUAAACUGCCUGUGGUGUUGCAGCACACACCAGUCUCUGCUGGAGCACACACUGGAGAGAUACACGUCUAUGUCAAUGAGCAGCUCUCCAUCACAGUCCCUAUUCAAGCAUUGCCCCCGUCUUCAUGCAUUGAGGUGGACUCCACAACUGUUGACUUUGGCCGUCUAGUGCCUGAGCAUCAGAUCACCUCUCAGAGGUUUACUGUAUGCAACAGAGGAGCUAGAGAUGGUGGGUUCAGUCUAACCCACUCCCUCCCUCAUCACUUCACACUCUCUGCUACUGAGGGCACACUCAGACCAGGACAAACACUCGAGAUACAGGUUGAGUUGGUCUGUAAACAAAGUGGUCCUUUCAAGGAGGAAAUAAUUGUGGUACCAUCAGAUGAAGCCAGCGCCCCCAUCACCCUCACUCUGUGUGGAGAGCUAGUCACUCGCCAGUUACAACUACUAGACACUGCUAACUCCAAUAUCCUCAACAAAAUCUCCUUCAGUGAUACCUACUAUGGUACAGUGGUCUCGAGGAAGGCCCUGCUGUACAAUGCCAGUCCAGUGGCCACUCAGUACAUGGCAGUGCUGGAUAGAGGUGGUCUGGGGAGCGUGGCUGGGGUUGAUAUGAGUGAAGGACUGGCUAUGGCUUGUACUAGCGGGGGACUGGGUCAGAACAAGUGGAGGGAGCAGGGGGACGCUCCAGAACAAGAGACGGUGGUCUCUCUUAACCCACCCCAGGGGAGUCUUGGUCCAUACCAGAAGAUAGUGGUGGAGUUCCUAUUCAUGCCCAGGAUCUUAAAGAGUGGGGUGGGAUGGAGUCAACAUCAAGGCAUCCCACUGCAGAGGGACUACUCUCUCUUUGUCCAUUUUCUGCAAGUUGGUAUCAGCACAGGAUCCUCUGUCCUUGAGGUAGCCCUCACUGGGAGAGCUUGCCCUGUGCAGAUGUCCUUACAACCUCAGGGGAUCAUCAACUUUGGUGCUUGCAAUACAGGCACCUCAUCAACCAUAGAUUUACAGGUGUUGAAUGAAUCUCAAGUGCUGCCUAUAGAGUAUGCAUGUCGAGGCCUGGCCCACUACAAGAGCACACCACGAUCAGGACGCCUUCUCCCUGGGGAGGUGACCUGUCUAUCAGUGACAUUCACACCCAGACAGAUGGGCAGACUCAACUGCAAGCUGAACAUUGACGUGAUGAGUACACGGAGGGAAACUGGAGGGAAAAUAAAGAAUGGCGCUGUGUACACUGCUAUUAUUGACUUGAGGGGGGUCGGUGGUGUCACUUCAGCUAGGAAAAAAGACAAAAAGAUAAAAUUUGCUCAUUCUAAUGACCUCUCUACCAGUGUAAGGCCUCACGAUGAGCGGAACAAGGGAGUCAUCAUCACACCGUACACCAAGACCCCCAGACACUCAUACAUAGAUCCUGACUACUCUCUGACAGAGGAAGAGGAAAUUGCUCAAGCUCAACACAAGAACAUGUACACUGGCUACAUCAGAGACCAGCAAGCUGAGAGAGAGUGGCAGGAAAGGAACAGGAGUCACACUGGAGGGCUGUGUGUGGACAUGAACAUGGCCCCUGCUCAAGGCCUGACCUCACCAGUGAUAUCCACUACAGACCUGGUUAGAAGAGAGGCCAGCAAGACAAAGAGGAGAGAGCCCUCCACCAUCAUGACCAACACAGAUGUAGUGAAGGCCACUGAAAAGCAACUGGAGUUUGUAGCAGUCUGUCCCAGUAAGCCAGCCAAUGGGGAGAUGGCAGCUCAGUGCAAGAAGACACUAUCACCCUUAGAGCUCUCUCAAAUCACUAUAGAUCCUGGAGUGAUGGAUUUCGGGUCUGUUGUAGUGAACAGUAUUGCAGAGCUUAACUUGUCCAUUAAGAACCAUACGUCCAAUCACAUUAGCCUCAAGAUGAAGUUGGCUGGCAGUACUGUAACGUGCACAAGUUGCUAUGGUAACAAGUCCACCCUUCAACUGAUAGUACCCCCAGUGUCCUACACACAACUACCUCUCAGUUUGUCUCACAAGGAAACUGGAAUUAUUGAAAGGAGCAUAGAGUACACAGUGAAUGGUCAGGUUAGUGCUCACCUCCCUGUGAAGGCCUCAGUCACUCAGCUCUCUCUACUACUCUCCACCAACACUCUCUCACUAACUGAACCACCUCUGGCCAGGCAAAGCUCAGGACUACUUGGCUCUGUGGUCAUCAGCAACCCUCACAGUAUACCAGUUUUCUUCCGUUGGCUAGCCAAAGAGGGCGUUGAAACAAGUAUCUUCACCAUGCUGCAUCCAUCAGGCUAUGUACCAGCUAAUGGCAGCCUGGAGUGUGGGUUUGUGUGUCUACCCUCCUACAUGUCCCCUAAGACAGCACAGUUCCUGUUGGAUGAUGGCAGAGAUUCCCUCCAAGACUCACCAACCAACAUCCUCUCACUUGUCACAGAGUUCAAAAAGCCAGUCUGUAAUAUUCGUGAGAAGCGUAUAUUGUUUGGGACUAUUCCCCUCAACCUCACCACCACACGCACCAUGCACAUUGACAACACUGGAGACUGCCAUGCGUACUACAAGAUGUUGGAUUCGUCCCCCCAUCCUGGCCUCAGAGUUUUCCCAGAGAGUGGGAUGGUGCCAAGGGGUGGGGCUGCCAGUCUACACGUGCUACUCUGCCCAGAGACCACGGGGACCAUUGAUAUAAGAGUUGUGGUGGGUUUGAGAGACGGCAAGACACUUGGACUGAGACUAGCAGGCCUGGUGGAGCAGCCUACACUGACAGUGGAUCAGGAGUUAUUUCGAUUUGGAAGUGUGUUCUGUGGAGCAAAGGCCACUCAAAGUUUCACUGUCACGAACAAGGGCUCCUCAAGUGCUGAGUUGACAUUUAACCUGGCCCACCUCCCAGACUUCUCCCUCCUCCUGCCUAGCUCUGAGGACCCCUACAAUGAGCCAGCUGUUAGAUCAGAUGGUGCUGGAACAUAUAGUCUCAAUAUCCCUGGAAAGUCCAGCGCCACGUGCAAACUCGAGUUCUGUCCUAAAGAUGUGGCAGCGUAUGACUUCCUGCUCCCGUUACUAGUGAAUGGUUUGAAGGCCCCAGCCCCCCCUCCCUCACCAUGGCCUCCAUCACGGACAUCCUCCUACAUAGCACACUCACAAGGAACAGGCUUGAGUUUGCCUUCACUCUCACUUACUCCAACGCGUCGAGUGUUAGCCACAGCUUUACGUCCUCCUCUUGUCGUUCCUAACCUCCAGUUUGACUUUGAGCUGACAGGGGACUGCGACAAACUAACUCAACACCACAAGGCCUUGACCCUAAGCAACGUGAGUGAAGAGGCCAUCUCCUGGACACUGGGUAAGACAGCGGAGUACACAAGAGUGGAGGAUGGGACCUUCCAGUUGGUCUUUCCCUCUGGACAAUCCUUCCAGCCACCAGUCAUCUCAUUGGACCCCUCCAGUGAGCAGGAGGAGGGGGCAGAGUGCCUACUAGGACCUGGACAAUCAGUCAGCCUCACUGUAUUAUGCAGACCAGCACACCAUGGCAAGUUUUCGGCCACCCUCCCCCUCAUCGUCAAUGGCAACACGUCCCAGCCAUACCGUACCCUCGUGUUGACUGCCCACUUGCCUACCAGCUCUAUCUCAGUGACCCCCUCCUGUAUAGACAUCCUCCCAGUGCCUCUGGGCAUCUCAUUGGCCGCUCAGUUUACAGUGUUCGUACAAGGAUUCACUCAGCCAGUUGAGCUGGACAUAGCAGUGCCUGUAAUGAGAGAGGGUGUGUGCUUCUCUGUGUGCUUCCCUGGUGGCUCUAGAGUGGAGAGUGGGGACAAGGUGGAGCUACCAUGCACACUGGAGUUCAGCUCAACACAUCCAGUCUCCAUCUCAGACACUAUCAUCUUCUCUGACAAGACAACAGGGAAACAGAAGGUCCUCCCGUUCACAGUGUGUGCUGAUAAUAGUCUCUUCUCAGUCUACAAGUUCCUUGCUCAGAACGUUCAUAUCAGCUCUGUCACUCUGGCUUCCAAUAUACCUACAUUCGUCCUCCAUAGCCAAGAUUUCGAGGGCUCUGGGCGGAGUAGUUCUGUUGCAUCGUUCAGUUCUCAAGGCUCAGUGGUGAAAGACACAGCACUUGGAGUCAACACCAGCACCACCUUCAGUGAAAUGUUCCAUCAGGAUUGUGUGAGUGCGGUGUGUCGCUGGCUGUCAGCUUACGGCUGGUCUGAUGGCAUUAAGUGUAUCACUCUACCCUCUGACCUUAGACGGAAAGUUGGCAAUGAUUUGCCCAAGCCUGGACUCAAGCAACGUUCUAGUAUCAGCACAUCUCGAGGAUUGCUAGUGGACAUGCUGACUCAUCUGUGUGGGCGUGUCCCUCCGGGGAUUCCCCUAAAUCUCCCUCCUUGUACCACCGCCUCUGAGAAGGUCAACCAGCAAUAUUCCACUCUCAACACUAUCAUCUCAUUCCUCAAGAAUCACGGUGGUCUGCUGUGGAGUGUGGUGCCUGAAGCAUUGCUGGACUGGUGUGAUUAUCGUCAAUGGUUGAGUGAUGUGGGAGGGAAGGGAAGUGUGGGGUUCCAGCCGGGGGGGGAGGAAGAGUUCAAUGAUCUAUCUAACCAGGCCUGGACACACCUACUCAUGCAGAUUGUCAAGAUCCUGUUGCUGCCUCGUGCCAUCAGCCAUAUCUCCAAGUCCAUUAAAGACAGUGUUAGUCAGAAUGGUUCAUCAGUGGAGAGCAAUGUGUACUCUAAGCACGAGAGGGUCCUACUGGCAUGGCUCAACCAUCACUACACUGCACAGAGGGGCAAGCUUUUCACACACACAGAGAUGUCAUUGACGGAGGUGCUCAACUUCGAUGUUGAUCUGAUGGACUGUACAGUGUUUGCGUGUGUGCUGGUCGCUUAUUGCCCCUUCUUAGUGGAGUCCCACCUCUGUCAUCUCUUCACAGAACCUGUUAGCCAUGAGCAGUGUACUCACAAUGCUAUAGUCCUCAUUCAAGCAUUAAGGCAUGCUGGAAUAGACUAUGACCUGCAACCCACUGAUCUGGUGUCUGCUGAUCCCAUAUCCCUCCUCUUGUUCACUAUGUUCCUUUGUCAGAGACUGCCUGCCUUCAAGACCAAAUCAAAACCUAUAGUAUUCGAGGGAGCUCUCAAUACCAAUAUUAAGAACCAGGUUCAACUCACCAAUCCCAGCACCAAGUCACUGGACUACCACAUUCUGAUCAGAGGUGGAGCUGCUGGGGACUUCACUGUACAGGACAACAGCAUCACUGUUAGAGGCAGGCAAACUUGUCAGGUGACUGUGACAUACCAUACUUGCUGCCUCUCACCAACUGAGUCCACUCUCCUACUAGUGGCUAGGGGAGGGAGGGCUGUGGCCGGGUCCACUCUCGCCUUCAAGCUCGUUGGCCAUAUCACCAGCUUCAAACCUCAGUCCACCGUCAGCCUGACAGCUUAUCAAUACGAGUGUCAAUCUGUCAACGUGAAGGUGGUCAACACAUACAGAACAGCGGGCAACUUCAAGGUCACAUUCUAUGAGAUGGAUGACAAAACAUUCACCAACAGUCUGUCCGCUAAAUCACGGAAGAGACUGAACUCAUCCACCACAGCUCGAGUACCCUCAUUCGUACUCCUGGGAAAAAAUGAGACUCAGGUGCAGCAGUUCCAUUGUGCCUUGCCAAUGGUGACAAUUAGUUCCAACGAGGAAAAGCUCAUCCCUGUCAAGUUUGUUCCUCUCAAGACCACUCCCUUACGCUGCUUCAUGGUGCUGAGUGAUCCCAGUGUAGGAGAUCUAGUGAUGUCCCUCACCUCCACGAUACAACCACCUCGGCCCUCCCUCCCACACACGAACCACCUCAAUCCUCACACGCUGGUCAAUGCUCACACACACACACUACACCUCAAGGUCCACGCUGGACAGGCUAUAGAGGAGGAGCUGGUCAUACACAGCAGUAACAAAGCAUUUGAAAGUGCAGUGUUAGAGAUGAGUCAAUGGCGCAUGUCUGAAGAGGAGUUGAGGAGGCGGCAGUUGACCCAGUCACUGAGGUAUGCAUCUCUGUCUACUGCAAUAGCUGCUCUGGGACUUGAUACCACUACAAAGAAGUAUCUGAAUGAUCAUACUGAGGAUAGUGAGAUGCUGUACUUCACAGUGCAAGUUAGCGAUCAAGAGCACUUUGCAAUGCCUGAGAAGAUAUCUGUACCGGCCAAAAACUUAGGCACUGCAGUGUUACCAGUUCGGUUCUACUCAGAGAUGGAGGGCCAGUUUGAGUGCUACAUCACGCUACGAUCGAAACACGAUGUGCGAGUGCUUGUGAUUGAGACGACUGUGCUGGCCACUGGGAGACACGCCCACCUACAGUUCAACACCCAUGCCAUGCAACCCCUCACUCAGGAUAUACCACUGGUGAACCCCAGCACAGCUGACUGGCCACUGAUAGCCUCUCUGACUGGCAGUGGGUUCAGUGGACCAGAGUCACUCAUAGCCCACGCCCUCUCCACCACCAACUACCCCCUCACCUUUGACCCUCACAUCCAAGGAACUGUAGAGGGAGAGCUCCAUCUGCUCAACAACAGUGACGACAGUGAGCAUGUGUUCCACUUGACUGGGAUAGCGGAUAAACCUCUGGCACAAGACCACAUCACAUUGCACGCAAAUGCUAAGCAGAGCAUGACACACAUACUGCACGUGCCCAACCGCAACGAACGGACGACAGUUUUCAGAGUGGAGUCUGACCUGGACUUUAUAUCCGGGCCAAGUACCAUCACAGUUGGAGGAGGUGAUGUGGUGGAUUACUGCCUCAAUGUGUUGCCCACAAGACACGGAACCUUCUCUGGAGCUAUUGCAUUCAUCACAGAAGCUGUUAGCAGACCUCACAGCUACGAUGACGGACUGGAAUCUACUGAACCUACUAGUGACCCCACUGCCACUCCAUAUCGAGUGUGGUUCCAACUUGAGUUUGUGGUAGGAGCAGCUCCCCCCGACCAUGUGCUACCAAUGUCCACAACCACUCUCUCAUCAACCACCCUCCAACUGACCAUCCCUAAUGCCCACUCUCAGGCCAUCUGCCUACAGGCGCUAGUUGAGGGUCACGGACUGUCAGGGCCUGCCUCACUGGGUAUAGAGGCUCAUGGAGAGGCUUCCUACCCUCUCACAUUCACUCCAACUCUCCAUGGCAAAACUGAAGGAAGAGUGGUGUUCAGCGAAGGUCCUGAGGGGGAGUUUUGGUAUCAACUGGUUCUGUCUGCAGAGGACCCUCAGCCGAUAUCCCUACCCACCAUACAGUGUGAGCUGGGGAGGACUGAGUUACAAACGAUCACCCUAAGCAACCCCCUUGAUGAGCCUGCCCUGUUUAGUUGUGAUAACUCCAACACCAGACACUUCAUAGUUACUGGCCUACCAUCAGAGGGACAGGUGGUUGUGGAUCCUCACUCCUCAGCUGAUGUGUCUGUCAUCUUCAACCCCUCUGCCCUCGGCCCUAACGACCAUACAACUAACUUGGCCUUCACUAACAAACAAAUUGGGCGACAGGUGUUCAAUCUAAAAGGUGAAGGCAUCCCGCCGACCUCUAUGGACCCUAUCACAAUCAACGCUGCCAUUGACUCCAACACAGUCCACAUCAUCAACUUCACCAACCCUCUAGACCACCCCACCCACUUCUCAGUGACACUCAGUGGAGAGGACUUGGAUGCAUUCUGUCUCCUUCUCAAGCGUUCCUCAUCAAUCCUUCUUCACCCAGGGAUCUCGCUAGAUGUCCCCCUCAUGUUUGCUCCUGAGGCAGUCUACCGGCACAACAUCACCGUGGCAAUCGUAGCGGACAUGAAUCUUUCUCAAGAAGAUAUUGCUGAUAGACAACCACUCUGUUGGAAGUACGCCGUGGUGGGACAGCCUCAGUUGAGACCAUUCACUCCGGGCUCUGCUCCAAAGAUCUCAUGUCCUGCUAAAGAAAGGCUUGAGAAAACAGUCAAAGUAUCGCUAGCUAGCUCUGCAGCCUCAGUUCAAGUAACUCCAAACUCAUCAGAUAAUGAGGUAGAAUCCAGUGGUCCGGUAAAGAGGUCAGAAGGCAAUGCUGACUUCACCUUCCAGCUAGUGUGCUGUGACCCACAGUAUGAGGAGCUCAUUGAACAGUGCACUGGCCUCAGGCUCAUUAGACAGACCAGACAGGAGGAUAAAGGUGUCUGCCUUGAGUUUAGCAUCAUCUUUGCCCCCUCAAAAUCAUUCAGUUGUGUGUGUGAGCUCCAAGUAACAAGUAUCCGUGGUGGUGUGUGGCUGUUCCCUCUGCACUUAUCCGCUACACCAGCGAGCCCUGAUGACACCAUCACACUAGAGGCUAAAGGUCUCCACCAGGAGUCACGUGUUGGGUUCAGGCUGACGAGCGGUAGCCAACACCCAGCCCCAUUCACAGCCCAUCUGGCCCCUGGUUCAGAUCCAGAUCUGGUAGUCUCUCCUACUAGUGGUACACUCUCACCAGUCAAUACAAAGGGGACACUGUUCUGUAUCACAUACAAACCAACAGCUUAUGGCAGGAAUCACCGUGCUACUCUUAUUGUACAGUCUGAGACGAAUGAGUGGAGAUAUAAGAUAGAUGGACAGCCCCCUAGCUACUCUCGUCAGGCCGUCCCCUCCAAGGUGCAGCACAAGCUGGACUCUCCCAUGAGACUCACAACAAUGAGGAACUUUGUGACUGAGAACAUACAAAAUAUCAAUGUACAUGUAUAGCAUGCAUGGCAGUUUUACCAUUACAUGAUGUUUUAACAUAUUGUGUGCAAUUUUCAGAACAAGUAUUUUAAACAUAA